CCACUCUAAUGUUGUUUUCGCGUCCUCUGUUCCAGACUGUGACCAAGGUGUCUACCAACAUCACAGGCAUUGCUGUGCAUCCCACCCCUCGCCCUCACCUGAUUAAGACAUACAACAACACACUCCAGGCCUUGUCAAGCUUUCCUUCGACUGCUGUCUAUAGACAGGCCACUGAAGCCUUUACUCAGCAGCGUUUGGCAGUAGUUGAGUCGACUGAGAAUUUAGAGGAAAUUGAGGCCAAGUUGGGUGCUGGUCAGAUUGAGGAGGUUAUUAUCCAAGCCGAGGAAGAAUUGAAAUUGGUUGGCAAGAUGGCAGAAUGGAAACCCUGGGAGGCUCUCGAAACACCUGCUCCUGAGGGUCAGUGGGAUUACAUCAGCAACUACAAGAACUAGAAGCUAGAAGAUGAAGAUGAAGAUGAAGACCACACCGUUGCAUUACUCCAGACAUGACAACAAACUCCCCCUUUGAUUCAAUCAAUAAAAUUAUACACCAAAAGAAGAGAUAAACUCAUUUAUGCUGGAUGGUUACACCUAUACGUCAUCAAACGCCUGUUGUGCGUUUUAUUUAUUAAGGAAACCCCAGGAAAAAUAAACAACAUUGCAUUCAUUCAUUAGU